GGAAGCUUGGCCAUGGCGGGACGUCACCCUCUCGGCUGGGCCUUCCCGCUGCUGUGGAGCGGCCUCACGGGCGGCGGCGGCGUGGAGUUCCAGCCAUCUUUCCUGAUUGCAUCAGUUCCUGAAGUAAGUGUGUUCUUGGUGGGUGAAAACAGCUCUACCUUUAAACUUGGUGUGGAAACAGUUGCAGCUACUGAUGAUUUGUUGCAGUCCAACUGUGUGGAAACAAAUACCACUGAUCAUUGGGUACUGACUACUUCUGUUGAUGAGUUUGACCUGUUGAAUGUGAAUGUGCAGUUGACUCUGGACCGACCACUCGUACUUUGUGGAAAUUUAUCAAGUGAAACCAGCUGUUGUUUGGAACCUCUCUGUAUUCUUGAAACACUCCGUGUGACUGCUUGUCUAAAUGGCAAAGUUUCAGCAACACUACUUGUUCAAGUUAUAAUAUAUGUGAACUCCACAUUCCAAGGGGUUAUAAAUGAAAAUAAUAUGCUGAUUCCAAAACAAAAGUACCAUCCACUUGGACCCUGCCCAUGCAACCUAACUGCAAAAGCGUGUGAUGUAGGAUGCUGCUGUGAUGAGGAAUGCACACCCGACAUGAUUCAGCUGUUUGGUUCCCACUGCUUUACAGGAGUAUUUGGUGGAAAUGUGUCCCAACCCUUUGACCAGCUCUGCUCUGUUCAGACUGUGGACAGAUCUCCCGACUGGUUCCCGUUCCUCUGUGUGCAGUCUUCUCUUGAUAACUCGCCAUAUUUGGGGCUGUUCUUUGAAGGCAAUACUGUCAGUGGUGUUUCUCAAGACCUUUCCUUUGCGAUGGCUACAUCUGCAGCAAUAAACAUACCUGUUGCCUACCGUCAGGGAGAUCCUAUCGUUGGAGGUGAAGGUGAACUUUUUACUAUUCCACAGAAAUCUUUGAACGGCCAGUGCUUGAGGAAUGCCCCUGUGGCUUACCUGAAAGAUUUUGAUGCACACUGUGUAACUCCACUCACCGCUGAAGCUUGUGCAGAUACCAUUGGAGUUGGUGAACCGAUCCAGAACGGCCAGGGAACUUUGAUAUUGCCUGUUGUAACCUAUCAGAAUGCUGCAGACCUUGGCAGUUUCAUACCAACAGCUUCUUCAGCUUCAGGGUUCCUGUUUCCCAAGCAGCAGAAUGUCACGACAUCUUUGGGAUUGGUUGAUAUAUCAGAGCCCAAAGUUGUGAAGGGAAUAUGUGAAAAUAUGAUUUUGCAGGCUGAUUAUGUCUUCUACUGGAAUGGAACUAUGAUAUCUAAUAUCACUUUGCUUGUCACAGUGGGGAACAUUUCCUUAGAUUCAUCAGCUACUGUGACCCAAAGGUUCAGUGUUACUUUCAUUAACUCAGUCAGUGAACAUCACUCCCAGGUGACUCGGUCUGGCAAUCCAGGUUACUUGACUGGCAAACCAGUUUUGGCUGCCCUCGCAAGCAGCAAGACCUUGCAAAGAGCUCCCUUAAGAACAUGGCGACCAGUUGGAAAUGGGUUGUGCUCAUCAGCUGAAACAACAUCAGUAUUGUUUGGAGAGGAUUCGACCUCUGGCUGCUUGUUGCGCCUCAGCAUUGAUGAUUUUGAAAACUGUACUGCUCUUGGGUUGACUGUUUAUGAAAACCUUCUGAAUCUUGUGCCAGCGAAUUAUGUAGCAAGGAGGGGAAACUCCAACCUUACUGACCUAUCAGAAUGGGUGCCGUUAUUUAAAGCUUCAUUUAAUGGCUCAUUUGAAGAUGAAUUUUAUGGAUUCUGCGCUGAGGUUCCUGCCGCUAUGAACAUGCAGUUUCUCACAGCCAUUGUUGGCGCAGUUGAAGGAGUUCCUCAACAAGUGAUACUUGGAGCUUCACUCAAGUUUUAUACAGUGAACUGGCAAAUGUCUUGUGGAGGAGGAAAUACUGCUGCCUGUAGGAACAGUUCCCUUCAUCAGUCCUUCUCGAUCAGCACAUCUGUGCAGUUUAUCCAAAUGCCAGCACAGCCAGAGCCAAUGCUGUCCAGCUUACAGAUUAACUACACUGAAUAUGACUGUGCUCGAAAUGAUGUUUGCUGGCCUGAUCUUGCCUACCCAUUGACAAGGCGUUAUACAGGUGAAACAUAUUCUCAAUCCAUCGCCCAGGGAAUGUUGCUGGUCUUCAUCUUCUUGGUGACUGCACUGUUGGGAAGUCCCUGGAACAAAAUACUUAAGGUUUGGAAUGACGCCACCUUCUAAUAGCCUGCAGCAAAUGUGAUCCAUUACUGUCUGGCUAUUCUUUCGUGCUCAGUAACAUGAUGCAAGGCAAGCAAGGGACCAGGAAUUCAGCAUCCAUUCAGAAUCCAUCUCUUCCUCGCCUUCACUGCAUCUUCCUCUGUUUCUUCCAUGAUCCACAACUUUUUAUUUCUGUUGUUCCACAAAGUAAUCCAUCCUUUGGUGAAAAAAUAUUUGGUGCAAGUCUUCAAUUUACAGAAUUGUUGCUGUUUUACAUUUUGCUGCAAAUGAAGAAUUCAUGCACUUUAAUAGACACCAGACAUUGUGUACUUGAAGCUGCAAACCAUCCCCUUGUAUUGUUCUAAAUAUUUCAGUGAUUUUAAUAUAAAGCUGACUUUGUAAAUAUUUUUUAAUGUAUUUUUAUAGUGUUGUUUAAAUCCUGAUAUGUUAAUACAGAUUUUUGAAUAAAUGCUAUUUUGUAUGUAA